AUGCCGAUAUCAGACGAAGUUCCAAGUCCCGUAAUUCCACUGUCCGACAAAGCAAGUUGUUCAGGUGCUAAUAAGCUUCAAUCCCCAAUUGUAUCGCAUCAAGAUGAUAACGUUGAUCCAAUUGAACCCCAGGAAGAUGUGAAGCGUGGUGCCAUGCAAGAAAUUGGAGCCACUGUUAUAGCUACAUACAUUGAGGUGCCUAUAUGA